AGAUUGGAAUAAUUAGCCGGUCGAGUCGGUGAACUGUAUUAAUUAAUCUGGUGUUUAUUUGAGCCAGUUGCCAUGUUUACGCUGAGGAUAACUUUCCUUGGGUUGCUGGUCGCAUUAGUUGCUGGGAAACAGUUACCUCGGCCGAUUCGCCCAAGAGUUACCAUACGAACAACUGACACAUUGAAGGUCGAAUGGACCAAACCACCGCUUGUAGCUUACGCAAGAUACACGGUUACGAUUUCUCCCAACGGUAUAAUCCACCAACCGCAAUCGCCGAUGGUAACGAACCGAGUAAUAACCGGGUUGUUACCCGGAGUCGAGUACUCGGUUGAGGUUCGGGGACAAUCUGAAAACGGAGCUUUAUCACCUCCGAUGACGUUUAAAGCGUGGACUGCGCCACUAGCGCCCGUCCAGUUGAAGCUACGACCGAUCACUGAGAUCAAGAUCGAGAUUCAACUUGGAGAGUUUGAGGAGACGUAUUCAGUAGCUACGGUGGGAAUUCACGUAGAUUGGGAGCAACCAGAUGGAUUUACAGAUAUUACCGGCUACGAUAUUCAGAUCAACCCUCAAGAAGGAGUUUUAGUUUUCCCACAGUCUAACAUAAUUGGGGAAAGUGGAUCCACUAGCGCUGUAUACACUGGUUUAACACCCGGUAAACAAUACACCGUGACCGUCCGCGCGAAAACCGGUUCAGAGAGAGAAGAAAUAUUCAGUGAACUCGUUACAGCUACAGCAAAAAUACCACCGAACCGACCCUUCAGCGUCGAAGCAAAAGACGUGGAAGCGACCGAUUUCUCCCUACAUGUAAUGAGGCCGGCAGGAGCGAAUGAAACAAUUUCCAUACACACGACACCUAACGACGUAACCAUCAGCGCGCCAACUCCAGAUCCUUUACUGCCAAAGUUUGACGUUUAUCAUAUAUCAGGACUUCAACCUUCUACCACAUACAGAGUAGACGUGAACACAAUAUCACAUGGCGUUUCUAGCAUUGAGCCCUACAUUGUUACACUUACAACUAAAUCCUUACCACCAACUGAGCUACACGUUACAACUUUCGAUUCGAACUCCGUAACAUUACAAUGGAAGCAACCACGUCAACAACUAACAGGGAAUCAAGAAAUACAAUAUCUCAUCGAAUAUGCCGAUCACACAGACGAAUACUUGUCACAAACGAUAAACGCAGAACAUUCAUCUUCAUUCAUCAACGCUCGUAUUCAAGAGUUAGAAUCUGGGAAGGUCUAUAAGUUCAACGUUACAACAAUAGUAAACGGAAUAGAGAGCAACCCUGCACAGGUUAUACAAGCAACAGUCCCCCCCACCCCUGUUGUGGCGUCCAUUGCUCAAAUUGGUGAUGGAAUUUCUUUAACGUUUAUUGAACCCGAAGACGGGGAAUGUCCUGUAGUUAAAGUAAUGUACAGCCCAGGACUGAACGGCAACAAUCCGAAGCCAGUUUACGUCAAUAUAUCAAGUACUGCAUUCUUGGAAGGCGUACCAAGAAGUUCAGGUUAUUCAAUCCACACAAGAUGUGUGGCAGCGGCCAUAGAAGGUCCUGAACUAACAUUCCCAGCUAGCACUGUGGUGUAUGAAGAUACAGCAGAGGGCCUUGAAGAGACAGCUAGAGAUGAACCCCCAGCCCCUCCUCCUCCGGGUGAAGGCGCAAAUGCAAGAGAUGCACCUCCACCCCCUCCUCCUCCGGGUGAAGGCGCAAAUGCAAGAGAUGCACCUCCACCCCCUCCUCCUCCGGGUGAAGGCGCAAAUUCAAGAGAUGAACAAGGCGGAUCAACCGCCAUGGUGCGAUUGGAAUGUUUAGCAUUAGGUCUCGGUACUGGAAGGCCAAGACCAGCGGAAUUCAUCGCACCAGACGCUUGUUGCGGCAAUCGACCUUACCACACCAUCAGCCAUACUUGCUGUGGAAGGUUCCUUCUUGGGAAAGUCGACGACCGAAGAUUGUGCUGUGGCCAAACACCAUACGUUACUGGAUCCCAAAAAUGCUGUUCUCCUGAUGUUGUCGUUCGUAGUGACGUGGACUGUUAACCAGCCAACUCUUAAUCUUUUACUGCUACAUUACAUUCUUGAUGCAUUAUUCCAAAACAUGCAAAUUUCUCGCAAAAAUUCCGUAAAUUAUGUUCUAGUGUAUAAAGCUUCUCUCAAUUCGGACCUUUAGUGAAAUGCCUUGUAAAUCGCAUGCAGCAUGAUUGGAUGGAUAAUUACACCAGCUUUGCAACAUA